AUUCUGAGACCCUCUUUGAACCAACCUAAGCAACUGUUUGUUUUACUUUUCUAUUACUGGUCACCUCGUCAAGUUGAGAGUUAACAAAGUCAUCAUCUCAUCUAAUCUAGCAUCCCCAUCCUCCCUCUCUCCCUCUCCACCACCUCCUCCUCCAUGGCCCUCGUGCUCCGCCCCUGGGCCUUUCUUCUUUUCCUUGUACUGGUCUCCUAUGAUGAAUCUGGUCUUCAGAGCAGAAGGAAUGGAGUCGCACAAGCCACGCAGAGGGUCUUCCUGUAUCCGCAGUCUCCAAAGGUCUCCUCAAUUGUGAGCACCAAGUACAGGACUGCCUACCACUUCCAGCCUCCCAAGAACUGGAUCAACGAUCCAAAUGGACCAAUGUACUACAAUGGUAUCUAUCACCAAUUCUACCAGUACAAUCCAAACGGUUCACUCUGGGGUAACAUAGUUUGGGGCCACUCGGUCUCAACAGAUCUCAUCAACUGGAUCCGGCUUGAGCCAGCAAUAGAACGGACAAUUCCGAGCGACAUAAACGGUUGCUGGACUGGUUCAGCCACAAUCCUGAAGGGCAAUCGGCCUGCCAUCAUAUACACAGGUGCUGACACAGAGAAGCGUCAAGUCCAAAACAUUGUGUUUCCAAAGAACGUGUCUGAUCCAUACCUGAGGGAAUGGAUCAAACCAGACAACAACCCAUUGAUCCAACCGAUCGGACAAGGAUUAAACUCAGGCCAGUUCAGAGAUCCAACAACCGGUUGGAUUGGACCAGAUGGACUGUGGAGAAUAGCAGUUGGGGCUGAGCUGAACGGCUACAGUGCAGCACUUUUGUACAAGAGUGAGGAUUUUGUGAACUGGACUAGAGUUGAUCACUCACUAUACUCUUCCAAUGCCUCUACCAUGUGGGAAUGCCCAGAUUUCUUUGCAGUAUUACCUGGAAACAACAGUGGAUUGGACUUGUCCGCAGCUAUCCCGAAUGGCGCUAAGCAUGUUCUCAAAAUGAGCCUGGAUAACUGUGACAAGUAUAUGGUUGGUGUUUAUGAUCUCAAAAGUGAUACCUUUGUCCCAGAUACCAUACUUGAUGACCGAAGAUUGUGGUCAAGGAUUGACUAUGGAAAUUACUAUGCUUCGAAAUCGUUCUUUGAUUCGAAGAGGGGUAGGAGGAUUAUAUGGGGUUGGACCAAUGAGACAGAUAGUUCGUUAGAUGAUGUUGCCAAAGGUUGGGCAGGAAUCCAUGCAAUCCCCAGGACUAUAUGGUUAGAUAGCAACAGUAAGCAAUUGCUGCAAUGGCCAGUUGAAGAGGUCGAGUCACUACGAAGUGAAGAAGUCAGCCACCAAGGCUUGGAGCUCAAGCAGGGGGAUCUGUUUGAUAUUAAGGGAAUUGAUACUUUACAGGCAGAUGUGGAGAUAGAUUUUGAGCUUACGUCCAUAGAUAGUGCUGAUCCUUUUGAUCCUUCCUGGCUUUUGGACAUCGAGAAGCAUUGUCGGGAAGCAGAUGCAUCGGUUCAUGGUGGUGUGGGCCCAUUUGGACUUGUGGUUCUUGCAUCUGAUAACAUGGAAGAGCACACUUCUGUGCACUUCAGAGUUUACAAAUCACAGGAGAAGUACAUGGUUCUUAUGUGCUCUGAUCUGAGAAAAUCGUCCUUGAGACCAGAGCUGUACACACCAGCUUAUGGAGGCUUCUUCGAAUUCGACCUCGAGAAGGAAAGCACAAUAUCUUUGAGAACUUUGAUUGAUCGCUCUGCGGUGGAGAGCUUUGGUGGCGGUGGCAGGCUCUGCAUCAUGGCCAGGGUUUACCCAGUUACACUCAUCAACGGCGGCACUCGGAUGUAUGCGUUCAACAAUGGAACUAGCACCGUCAAAGUGCCUCAGCUGAAGGCAUGGAGCAUGAGGAGAGCACAAGUGAAUGUGAAGAAGGGAUAAGAAAGUUAUUAUACAUCAUUUAGCAAUAACGAAGCUUUCUGACCACUGGAUGAAUGCAUGAGUUGCUUCAAGGCAUCAUGCUUUCCUACUUGCCAGCUCAUUCUUAGGUACCUGGAAAGAGGGGGAACAAAAUACAAAACAACAUAUGACUGACCUCAGAUUAUGUAAUUCAUUUACUAGAAAGAAAAGGAAACAGAGAUUAUUAUUGAGUGUUGGUUAGAAGAACAAAGAACUCCAUUGUUUAAGUGUGGAAAUAUUCCAUCGACAAUUAUUAUAACGUUCCAGUACCGGUGAAGGGCUACAUCAUUAUUCUUCA